AUGGGUCGCUUCGCUCUCCUAUCUCUUGCGCUCUUCUCGCUCCAGGCCAUCUUCACAGGAGGUCUCGCAGCAGAAUCUCCCGCAGGCGAUGAGGCUCCUUCCGCCAAAGCUCUGGCCGUCACCAUUGACGCUUCCUUCCCUUCAUCGGAGGUCUUUGGCAUCAAGCUCGUCAACGGCGAAGUUUCGCAAGCUUUGCUGACAGUCACCAAUGACGAGGAUGCUCCUGUUACAGUAAACUUCGUUGCAGGAAGUCUUUCGACUCUGACCGAGCCCUUCCAAAUUGUUCGCAAUCUUUCGGCGGUCACUUAUGGAGUCCAGGUGCCAGCGGGCGAGAAGCAGGUCCUGCCUUACAGUCUCACGACUGAUAUGCAUCCUCAGGAUCUCCGACUUAGCCUUAUCUCGGUUCUUAGCAAGAACGUCACUCAGUUCUUCACUGUUCAGGCUUUCAACGGAACUGUCAGCGUGGUUGAACCAGAAACCAGCAUCUUUGAUCCUCAGAUCAUCUUCCUUUACUUCUUCAUCCUCGCCUUUUUCGCUGGAAUCUUCUACUUCUUCUACACCGUCUGGAUUGCGCCAUACUUCCCUCAGAAGCGACGUGGCAGAGACACCAAGAAAUCCACUGUCACUGCCAAGAAGACAGACUUGGACGCUGCCACCCCUGAGGCUACUACUGUCAGCUCCGCUACCACCUACAACUCUGACUGGAUCCCCGCCCACCAUAUCCAAAAGCCCGAGGCGCGUAAAGUCAAGGGCGCACGUUCCAAGUCUCGCUCUUAG